UUUCCUUGAUUCGACAAAUAUAUUUGAGUCACGGAAACCUGUAGGCAAAAUAAAAUACGUAGAAAUAGCCAGGUGUCCGUGGCCUUCAAUAUUCAUCCACCUACCCUCUUCUUCCACCACCUUCUUCUUCUUGCAUCUAUCGGCUUCUCCGCCUGCCUCUUUCUCCACGAACGCCGAUCGGUUUACAAGAUGGAAGCAAUGUCAGGGAAGAUUGUCCAAAAUGUUUCUGUGUCUCAGUGCUACCAACUAAGUAGGAAGUUUGACACCCAAUAUCAAAGGGACAAUUUUGCCCCUUUUUUGCGCAACAUGCUUCCCUUCCAGCGAGGGAAGUUAGCAUGCACUUCCAUUCCAUCCAUGCAAUUGCACAACUUAUCGAAAUACCAGAGCAGUUGCAUAAACCGAAGAACUGUUCAGUGCAAUGGUCUGUUCUAGACUCUCAUUAUCAAGCUGCUCCAUCUACCACUGCAGUGCCAUAUCUUGAUAAAAUUGAUUUUUCAAAACUACAAAAUGGCAGUGAUAUUCGAGGUGUUGCUGUUGCUGGGGUUGAAGGAGAGCCAAUCAGUCUGACUGAACCUGUUUCAGAAGCAAUAGGAGCUGCUUUUGCUGCAUGGUUAGUGGAAAAGAAGAAAGCUGAUGGUUCUCAACAUUUGAGAAUUUCUGUUGGCCAUGACUCUCGAAUAUCUGCAAAAAAGUUAGAGGAUGCCAUUUCGCGAGGGAUUGCCAGUGCUGGUCUGGAUGUUGUUCAAUACGGAUUGGCAUCCACACCUGCAAUGUUUAAUAGCACAAUUACUGAAGAUGAUUCUUUCUUAUGCCCCUCCGAUGGGUCUAUUAUGAUAACAGCAAGUCAUUUGCCUUACAACAGGAAUGGGUUCAAAUUUUUCACAAAUUCUGGAGGGCUCGGGAAACCUGACAUUAAGAACAUCUUAGAGCGUGCUGCAGAUAUAUAUGAUAAAUUUACAGUUGAAGGUUUGACGAGCUCAAAAGAAAAAGUGCUUGCCUCCGUAAAAAGAGUUGAUUACAUGAGUGUCUAUACAUCUGAUCUUGUAAAGGCAGUUCGCAAAGCUGCAGGAAAUAUAGAGAAGCCACUGGAAGGGUUUCAUAUUGUAGUUGACGCAGGGAAUGGAGCAGGAGGAUUUUUUGCUGCAAAAGUGCUUGAACCUCUUGGUGCAGUCACCACUGGAAGUCAGUUCUUGGAGCCAGAUGGUAUGUUCCCAAAUCAUAUCCCGAACCCAGAGGACAAAACAGCAAUGAAAGCUAUCACCCAGGCAGUCCUUGAUAACAAAGCUGAUUUGGGGAUCAUCUUUGAUACAGAUGUUGAUAGAUCUGCUGCGGUGGAUUCAACCGGCCUGGAGUUCAAUAGGAAUCGUCUGAUUGCCUUGAUGUCUGCAAUUGUUCUUGAGGAGCAUCCGGGAACUACCAUUGUUACAGACAGCGUGACUUCAGACGGUCUCACCACAUUUAUUGAGAAGAAACUUGGGGGAAAGCACCAUCGUUUCAAAAGAGGCUACAAAAAUGUCAUUGAUGAAGCUAUUCGUUUGAACUCUGUUGGUGAGGAAUCACAUCUGGCUAUUGAGACAAGUGGCCAUGGAGCUCUCAAGGAAAACCACUGGCUUGACGAUGGCGCAUACCUCAUGGUCAAAAUAUUGAAUAAACUUGCUUCAGCCAGAGCUUCAGGGCAAGUCGGUGGCAGCAAAGUUUUGACCGGUCUUUUGGAAGGUCUUGAGGAACCAGGUUUUUCAGUUGAGUUGAGAUUAAAGAUCAAUCAAAGUCAUCCAGAUCUUAAAGGAGGAUUUUUCCGAGACUAUGGAGAAGCAGUGUUGAAACAUUUGGAGAACUAUAUCGACUCUGAUCCGAAGCUUAAAAAAGCCCCUGUUAACCACGAAGGGGUCCGAGUUUCUGGCUACGGAGGAUGGUUUCUUCUUAGACUCUCGCUGCAUGAUCCUGUACUUCCCUUGAACAUAGAGGCACCGAGCAACAAUGAUGCCGUCUCACUUGGAAACAUUGUGCUUGCUGCCGUGAAGGAGUUCCCAGCUUUGGAUACAUCUGCUUUAGACAAAUUUGUCCAAGCAUCAUAAGCUUUACGUCUAUCCAAGUGGAAAAUCCUUUGGCUUCUUCGGCAUCUUCAUGCCUCAAAAUGUUUACCGGCAUAGGUUGUUAGGCACCCAUAGAUCUCGACGACAUUUGUUUACCUAUGGCACUAUAAUACCACUGUAGAAAGAUUGAGUUUACCAUACUUUGAGAACUAUAAACAUGUCGAAUAACGUGGAAUUCUAAGCAGCAUCUUAUGAGAGCAUCUGCUUGUCCAUGGUAAAACGUUGCAAUUUUGAUUUGGUUCGAAACGUUGCAAUUUUAUGUUUUGUGAUCA